GCUGUGUCUCAUCUGUGUUCACUGUUCAUCUGUGUUGUGUCUCAUCUGUGUUCACUGUUCAUUGUAAACAUACAUAACUAACUCGGAAUAAAAUACUGUACACCAAGAAGUCAUAUAUAGUACACAAAAUGCAAACAACUCAUCGGCAGCUGCUCUUGGCUACACCACUCCGGCUUUGCUGUUUAAGACAAAGAUUUUAUCACAAACAAACCCUCACCAAUGCUGUGGUUCAGAAGAAACGGACAGAACUCUUCUCUAAGGAGGCAAAACGACAAGCUGCUCUCAUUACUGACAUUGAGAAAAUUGAAGUAAAAUAUUAUGGACAUCCAGAAGACUGCACCCUUAUUAUGAACAAAAAUAUGUCUACUCCUUUCAACUGUGCUCAACACAUAAACCAAAUGAUCUUAGAAAGAUCUGUGGUCGCUGAAGUGGAUGGUCAGGUGUGGGAUAUGCAUAGACCCCUGGAAGACAACUGUGGGCUUCGUUUCUUGCACUUUAGACAGAAUGAUCCAUAUUAUGCCAAUAAAGCAUUUUGGCGAUCGGCAUCACUAAUGCUUGGGGCAGUGUUGGAAUCAGUAUUCAAAGACAAUAUAUAUGUUGAACUUUGCUCCUUUCCCUCUCCCAAUGUACGAAGUGGAAGUUUUGUAUAUGACGUCGACCUAAAGAUAACCAAAUGGGAACCUACCAAGGAAGAAUUGCGUAUUUUAUCGGGAGAAAUGGUGAAACUAGCCAUGGCCAGCCAUCGUUUUGAGAGAUUAGAAGUAGAUGCCAAUUUGGCUCUAAAGAUUUUCUCUGACAACCAUUUCAAAAGGAAUCAGAUUCCCCACAUUGCUGCACAGAGUUCUUCAGGUAAUACUGUGGUGGUAUACAGAAUGGGGACUUUUGUGGAAAUAAGUUGUGGGCCAAUGAUUAGCAAUACAAGUCAUCUUGGCAAAGUUUCAGUGGCAUCUGUACAUCCCAUAGAGACCAAUGAUGGGCAGCUGUUUCGUGUUCAGGGAGUAGCCCUCCCUAGAGGAUUUAUGCUGAACCACUUCUCAUAUGGGCUGUUGGAGAAGAGAGCACAGAGACUGAACUCUGGGCGUAUUCCAGUCAUCCCCACUGUAGAGAGUCUGCCACCACAACAAGAGUUAUCAGCAGCCUAGUUUUGACAUCAAUUAUUUUAUUAUUUACACCUCUUCAUCAGUAGAAUCUGUUUUUAUUUCAUCAUAAAAAUUUUUUUUAUUUGUAUAUAAAACGAUAAAGUCUAUAAAUACAGUACAGUACUGGUA